UUACACCUCUGAGAAUUGCACACUCACCAAUCCCUACAACUGAUUAAAGCGAGAGAGAGAAGAGAAGAAAAUGGCAAACUUUCCAGUUGUUGACAUGUCCAAGCUUAACACCGAAGAGAGAGUAGCAACCAUGGAGUUGAUAAAAGAUGCUUGUGAGAACUGGGGUUUCUUUGAGCUGGUGAACCAUGAGAUAUCCACUGAGUUUAUGGACACUGUGGAAAGGCUCACAAAGGAGCACUACAAAAGGUUCAUGGAGCAAAGGUUUAAAGAAAUGGUUGCCACCAAGGGUCUUGAGACUGUUCAGUCAGAAAUCGAUGACUUGGACUGGGAAAGCACCUUCUUUUUGCGCCACCUUCCAUCCUCCAACAUUUCAGAGGUUCCAGAUCUUGAUGAAGAUUACAGGAAGGUGAUGAAGGAAUUUGCAGUGAAGUUGGAGAAACUGGCAGAGAAUCUUCUAGACUUGCUGUGUGAGAAUCUUGGGCUGGAGAAAGGGUACCUGAAGAAGGUGUUCUAUGGUUCCAAGGGACCAAAUUUUGGGACCAAAGUUAGCAACUACCCUCCUUGUCCCAAGCCUGAUCUCAUCAAGGGCCUCAGAGCUCACACUGAUGCUGGUGGCAUCAUCCUCCUCUUCCAAGAUGACAAAGUCAGUGGACUGCAGCUCCUCAAGGAUGACCAGUGGAUUGAUGUCCCCCCUAUGCGUCACUCCAUUGUCGUCAACCUCGGCGACCAACUUGAGGUCAUAACCAAUGGGAAGUACAAGAGUGUGAUGCACAGGGUGAUUGCUCAAACAGAUGGUGCCAGAAUGUCUCUAGCUUCAUUCUACAAUCCAGGGGAUGAUGCUGUCAUUUCUCCAGCACCUUCUUUGGUGAAGGAAGAUGAGACAAGCCAAGUGUACCCAAAGUUUGUUUUUGAGGAUUACAUGAAGCUCUAUCUUGGUGUCAAGUUCCAGGCUAAAGAACCAAGGUUUGAAGUUAUGAAGGCCAGGUCCAGUAGUGUUGUGGAGGUGGGACCCGUAGCCACAGUCUGAGCUAGCUGCCUGAGCCAGAGCAAUAUAGAUAUAUGGAGUUAAUUAUUAGAUGAUAUAUUAAUUAUUAUGUGUGUGGGAGGUUAAUUAUAUGUUAAUAAGCUAAUUAAGGCUACUAAGCUUACCGAUUAGUGCUUUUGGUAUCUUUGAUAAUCGGUAUAGAAUUGAGCUGAAGCAUGUGCAGCCUCUAAACCUUAUACUUUAAAAUAAAUUAUUAGCUUGAUCUAAGUUUGUCUGUGAUCAGUGAUGUCGUGUGUGAAGUUGAUGCAAUCUAGUGAUGUGCUGCUGUUUUGGAAAGUAAACACAAGGAACUGUCUCCUCGUAAUUCUUUCUUGGCUUUAUUAUGCUUUUGUAAUAAUUUAGUGUUAUUUAAUGCAUCACAAAGUUUUUAAACC